AUGUCAGACUCUACUCUAGAAUUUGAUCAUGAUGAUUCUUCCCAUGAGACUCAUCAUCCACAGUUGGACAAUUGCAUCUCUGUGGCCAGGCUAUGGCUUUGCCUUAGAGAAUCAGCCAUGAAGCAGGCAAUGCUCAUGGUGUAUCUCAUCCCCUUUAUUGGACUACCUCUAGGUGAUGCCCUUUACUGUUACAAGUGUGUUGGCACACAUCCUGGCUGUGGAGAGCACUUUGACUGGAGAUGGUAUUGGAGUCACAACUGUCAGGAUCCAGAUGAUAAAUGUGUGAAAAUUAUUGAGAAGAAAGGAGCUCAAACCAACAUAAUUCGAGACUGCCUGUCAGAGUUGAAAGGAGUCAGAAGAGACAUUCCUGGAGAUCGUUAUGAGGGAUGCCGCCCAGCAGCCCAUGAUGUGCAGCUUGGAAUCUAUGUCUUCAAUGAUAUCAAGGAAUUGGAUGUGAAAAGAAACCACUAUGAUGAAGUGACAUACUGCUUCUGUGACUUUGAUGAAAGAUGCAAUGACAGUUCCAGCCUUUCCCCAAGUGGGAAGUUAAUGUUUCUCCUCAUUGCAGCUGUUUACCCCUUGAGAAGAUGGCUCAAUUCAUAGUGCCAUACCUGCAUCUAUCCUUGACUCCUUGCUUCACUACUUCCAACCCAUCCGUCCUAUGCAUAUGCUGCGAUAUCAUGUU